AUGGACGAUCCAUGGGGCUCUCCAUGGACUUCAUCCGCCGGCCAUAGCAGCAGCAGCAGCCACGGCAACGGCAACGGCAGUGGCAGUCGUGGUGGAAGUGGCAAUGGUGACUCUACCGCGAAUGGUGUGAGCGAAACACUCAAACCACCGCAGGCGGCUGUCCUGGCUGGUGGCCUCAGCGGCAGCACACCGUUUGCUUCCCUUCCGGAAACAUCGCCCUGGGCUGACGAUGACGACGGCGGCUUUGGCGGGUUCGACGACGACAAUGCCUUUGGCGACUGGACGACGGCAACGACGACCGAUGCCGACGCAAAGAGACAUACAGGAGGGCAUGUGGGUGGUGCCCCCACGCCGGAUGCAUCUGGUUGGGGAGCGUUCGCAGCGGCCGAGACAGCUGGCUUCGGUUUCGAAAAUGAAUUUGAAAACGGCUUUGGCAGCAGCCAGCACCUGUCGCCGCCACGCAAAGAAAAGUCGACGUACGGCGGACUGGGCCAGCUGAGCCCCAUUGCCUGGCCGGGCUCCGCAGCCCUAUCACCGUCCGGCUCUCCCGGCGGCAGCCCGCGACGACGGCGCGCUCUGUCGCGCUCGUCUGUAAACAGCCUCGGCGGCCGAAAGGGCAGCAUCAGCGGCUUUUCGCGCUCGCCCAGUGUCGACCCAUGGAGCACAGUGUUGACGAACGAGAAGCGCGGCGAAGCAGACCAAAGACAAGACUACGCGAGGGGAAGAGCGAGUAGCACACUGUCCAUCCCAGUCCUGCGCCUCGACGACAGCAAUAGUGUUGGCAAGAGCUUGGGUCAAGACGAGGUGAACACCAAGGAUGACGUAGCAACAGAAGCAGCAACAGAUGGCGUUCCACAAAUUAUUGCUCAACAUGUCGACAGCGAAGGCACGGGGGGUAGUUCUGAUGACGACACCGACGAUACCCCGAAACCUCCACCGCAACCAACCUUUCCCUCGUUAGACUCCUGCUCUCGCCCGUCAACCUCUAGCUCCGACGGCAGCAGUCACCACCACCAUGCUGACAACGACGAUCCGCAUCAAGACUCGCCGACAACGUCUGUUGAAGAUGACGACGCCACCGCCACCAACACCAACAAGGUCACAACGACGCCGAGUCCCGACGUUGUACAAAGAAAGUCUUCCUCCAAGGUACAGGGUUUGGUGGAGCUGUACGACGGUUUGUCAACCAGGCCUGCCGCCACACAAAGUCUAUCGGCGUCAGCCAGCACAAGAGACAGCAGCCGGCGUGGCAGCAUCGGGUCAGACAAAAGUGUAGACGGAACUGAGACAUCGGACGGUGAGGCGUUGGAGACCAUGCCAAACAUGGCAUUGGCAGUCGAGACAUCUGAAAGUGUGCCAGAAUCGCCUGCUUCAGACUUGACACUACCUGUGUCUGACUCUAAAUCGAAAGAGGACGACAUUGACGACGAGGAAAACACUGAAAGCUUAGAGGAUUCUUCAAAAGCCGACCACGAGGUCACGUCAAAGGCCAGCCCCGAAGAGGGCAAAGGAGAGAGCGUAGAGAAGCCCCCUGAGUCAACACAAGUUGACACCGAUAAGCGGCCAAAUGAGGGAGGCAAGAAGCUCGUACCAGAAGCGACCGCUCCAGACGCAGACGCGCUCUCGGCUAACCGAUUGCUUGCCCUGUUUGGCAAGCAACCGUUUACUAUCGACCAGGCCCAAGUAGACGAGCUCUACAACGACAAGGAUGCCAAAGUGCGCCCGCGAGACGAGAAGGAUGCCGAAGAGAACGCCCCACCCCUCGACGCCUUCAUUCCCGACUACAUCUUGGACGACAGCUUCACCAGCAUCUCCGAGCGCAAAGUCUGGUACCGCAUCGCCCGCCACGGCAGCUACCGCAAACACGCGGCCGGCGGCGACGACAAUGAAAACUACCGGCCCGUGACCUGGCGCACCAGCGCCAUCCGCGACGACACGGUCAAGAUUGUGCGCCGCUGGAUGGAAGAGGACUCGUUUACGGGAAAGCCCACGCUGGGCGGCGGGUUCGGGCGCGGUGUGGGCGGUGCUGCCGGCGGCGGUGCGCGCAGCGGGAACCUCUUUGGAUGGGACUCGGCAGCAGAGCCCGUGGCGCUCGACGAGGUGUUUAAGCGGAAGAAGACGGCACCGAACGGAGGUGCCGGCCACAAAUACAACCUGUCGUCCGCCUCGUCGGCAUGGGCCAAUGAAGGCAGCGGCGCCAGUGCGGGCAGUCCUGCCGGAAUCUCGCCUGCGUUUUCACCGGCGCCCGUCUUUGGCUGGGGCAGCAACAGCAACAGCAACAGCAACAGCCACGACCACGUACAUGCGCAGCCUGAGCCAGCACGAAACUCCGUCCAGAUUGACCGGCCUUUUCCUGUUGCAGCUGUUCCAUCGCCGGCCACAGCGCAGCCGAGCAGGUUCAGCGUUGUUCUGCCGCCGCGUGACCUGGCCCCGACCCUUCCACCGUCAACCGAAAAGAAGGACACGGGCGCUUUUGCAGGCGACGACGACGACGACGACGACGACGACUGGGGUGAGAUGGUCUCGUCGCCAGUGAAGGAAGAGUUUAGCAUUCCGCCCCUGGCGGCGCCUGUGUCUCUGCCUCCUGCGCCGGUGCCAACUGCUCCUGCUGUUACACCAGCUCCACCCAAACCUUCUUCUCCUAUACCGGCUCCUCAGCUGGACGACAGAGCCGUGGCAGCCCUGGCUGGCAGCAUCAUCCGCGGUCUUCCCGACCUGUCGUACAUGGCCCUGUAA